UUAUGGUCUAAGCGAAAAUAGUAUGGUUUACGCCGAUGACUGAAUGCGCCUGUGCACACAAGUCGAUGAGUUUCAGCUGGGUUAUCAAAGCACCUGGGUUUACAUAGCUUAAGUUUACCAAAGUAUUUUCUUCAUGAACUCCACAGAAAUCUGCAAUGGACUGUACUAUUAAGGAAGCUCUUUCGGUGGUGAGUGAAAACCAGUCCAUAUUCGAGUCGCCCUUCAGUGGUCCCCAGGCCAUGCACAUGAAGGGAGAGAUCACGUCACCUGCAGUGUUCAGACAGGGUUCUGAAGAGAGCGUAGAACCCACUGAGCCAGACUGGACCGGAUCGGCCACACAGAACCCUGCGAAGAGAGCAGAACACAUCAACGGAAACAGCCGUGAGUCCCCAGUGGACUGCAGUGUGACUAAAAGGACCCGACACAUGAGUAACAGUGAUGGGGGACCAUUGGCCUACCAGGCCUCUUACCCAGAGCCACGGAGUAGCCCGCAGAAUGCCACCCCACCCAGCAGCACCACCACAGAGGAGAAGAGGGUCAUUGUACCAGCGGACCCAGAAGUAUGGACACAAGAUCAUGUGCGGCAGUGGGUAGAGUGGGCAAUAAAGGAAUACGGCCUUUCCGAUGUGGACGUGUCCCUAUUCCAUACUCUGGAUGGAAAAGCACUCUGCAAAAUGACCAAAGAGGACAUGAUGCGUCUCACUACCGCAUACAACACAGACAUCCUGCUCUCUCAUCUAAACUACCUCCGGGAGAGUAGCCCCACUUUUUCCUACCCUGCAACCCCUACCAAUACACAACCACAGCCUAGACUACAGGUUAAAGCUGAAAACAGCUUUGAGGAGAUCGGCAGAAGGAAUAGUUGGUCCUCAAGCGCCUUACCAGCUGUCCCAAAAGGUUCUCCAAUCGAACAUCAGCACAACACCAGAAUUACAGAGCCUCCACCAAGACUUCCACAAGACCCCUACCAAGCAUUAGGUCCCAUCAGCAGCCGUCUUGCAAAUCCAGAAACGAAACCAAUCCACACCAAGAUCCGACCGACCAAACACAAUUCUAACAACCUGCCCGUCACCAGCACUGACAGGACUGUGGGCUCUGGUCAGAUCCAGCUGUGGCAGUUCUUGUUAGAGCUGCUGUCUGACAGCAACAAUGCCGCCAUCAUCACCUGGGAAGGCACUAACGGAGAAUUCAAGAUGACCGACCCUGACGAGGUGGCCAAGCGCUGGGGAGAGCGAAAGAGCAAGCCUAACAUGAACUAUGACAAGCUCAGCCGGGCCCUCCGCUACUACUAUGACAAGAACAUCAUGACCAAGGUGCAUGGAAAACGCUAUGCAUACAAAUUCGAUUUCCAGGGCAUCUCCCAAGCUCACCAAAACCAUCCUCCAGAAGGGGGUGUGCUCAAAUUCCAGCCUGAAGGGCCAUAUGUGCAAAGCUACCACAGCCACCAGCCAAAAAUGAACUUCAUGGGCACUCAUUCAACCCCUAUGCCCGUUUCAACAGGGAAUUUCUUUGGGCCUCCAACCACCUACUGGAACUCUGCAACAGGAGUGGUGUAUCCCAGCUCACCCAUGCCACGACAUCCCAGUACUCACUCGCAUUUGAACUCUUAUUACUAAAUCAGUCUAAUUAUAAAGCCCUGGAUUAUAUAUGAGACAGAGUAUAACAAGACAUCAACUUUUCAGGAAUCCUCAUCCAACGCAAAUCCUUUGUAGCAAUUCCAAACAGUUCUCCAUCUCAAUGCAUGCACAUCAAAACAAAGCUGUACAACUUCUGGGCUAAAUUGUAAAUAGGCCUUGCAUGUUUCAUACAAGGCAUUGAAAAGACUGGUCUGACAUUCCCCAAAAGCAUGCAUACGUAUCUGUCAAAAAAUGUAAUAUUCCUUUGUAAGCAUGUGCUUUGUACAGUCUUUUUUUUAUCAAAUAACUUCACUCUUCUUAAUAUGUAACAUUAUAUUUCAAACCAAUAAAACACGUAGCUCACUUAA